AUGGCUUCCGGUUUCGACGAGGAGGAGCUCCAUAUCAGUCUCUCGCCCUCCCAGAUCCGACGACGCUCCCAGCAGCACGGCGCCGCCUCCGAUGCUGCCGCCUCCGCCGCCGGCCGUCACGAACUACAAUCCGGUGCAGUGAAUAUCGCCAACAUGGGGCCGCCCGUCGAUACCACCGCCCCGCUGCGGGAAAAGAUCAAGACGGAGCAGCGCAUCGGCGCCUACAAGAUCAUCAAGACCCUGGGCGAAGGCUCCUUUGGAAAAGUGAAGCUGGCUAUCCACAAUGGUACCGGCCAGCAGGUCGCUCUGAAGAUCAUCGCGAGGAAGAAGCUCAUUAGUAGAGACAUGGCUGGCCGCGUGGAGCGCGAAAUCGAGUACCUCCAGCUGUUGCGACAUCCUCACAUAAUCAAAUUAUUCACUGUUAUCAAGACCCCCAACGAGAUCAUCAUGGUCCUUGAGUAUGCAGGCGGAGAGCUUUUCGACUACAUAGUGCAAAAUGGCCGGAUGAAGGAGCCCGAGGCGCGUAGAUUCUUCCAACAGAUGCUAUGCGCCGUCGAAUACUGCCACCGACACAAGAUUGUGCAUCGAGACCUGAAGCCCGAGAACCUUCUUCUGGACGAUAACCUCAAUGUCAAAAUCGCCGACUUUGGUUUGAGCAACAUUAUGACGGACGGAAACUUCCUCAAGACAAGCUGCGGUAGUCCCAAUUAUGCCGCGCCCGAAGUCAUUGGCGGCAAGCUUUACGCUGGCCCUGAGGUGGAUGUAUGGAGUUGUGGCGUGAUUCUUUACGUCUUGCUGGUGGGCAGACUUCCCUUUGACGAUGAACACAUCCCCAGUCUCUUCGCAAAGAUUGCACGCGGCACAUACAGCAUACCGCAGUGGAUGAACUCUGGUGCUGCAGGCCUCAUUAAGAAGAUGCUGGUCGUCAACCCCGUGCAACGUGCUACCAUUGAUGAUAUCCGUCAGGACCCCUGGUUCAUGACUGACCUGCCGCCUUAUCUGGCGCCGCCGGUCGAGGAGUUCUUCAACACAGGCGUGGACCCUAACAAGGCCAUCCAGAAGAGUGACAUUGCCCCCAAUGCUCCCUCUAGAGUUCAGGAGAAGUUGCACAACGAGGUCACAGAGAAGAUCAGUAAGACUAUGGGUUACGGAAAGCAGGACGUAGAGGAGGCCUUGCAGGCUGCGGAGCCAUCGGCCAUUAAAGAUGCAUACAUGAUUGUUCGCGAGAACAAGCUCAUGCAAGUGAAUGAGGCCAUGUCAUCGCUUUCAGUAGAUCAAGAUGGCUCUAGCAGUCCACUCCCAAGUGCGUCUUCCGCGAGGUCGGGUGGUUCAACAGUCGGUGGACAACGACCCUACAUCAGCAAGAUCGGAAUCCUGCCGAGCAGUCUACCAAACUACCAUAAGGAGUACAUGGAGCGUGAAAAGGCCGGCCCCGAGGACCAUCCAGCGCCAACGAUCGUCGUCAACGAACCAGGCUCAUCUCGCACGGAUGCAGAAAGGGAAGAGACGGCAAGGCACCUCAAGCCUCACUCCAGGAACAGUCAAGUCAGGCUCGACGAUUCCAGCAAACGGCCACAAGGCAUGACACCAGUCGUCCAGGCGAAGAAGACCAAGCCUGUGAGGUGGCAAUUUGGUAUCCGCUCGCGUAAUGCGCCUUGGGAAGCCCUCUUGUGUAUUCACAAGGCCUUGAACAAGCUCGGAGCGACUUACGUGCCAGACGAAGACUAUGAGAAGGUUCACGGCACUGAGGCUGACCAACCUAGCAACGACGGUAGCUUCGUCGAGGAAUACGUCCCUCAAGGGGCUAAUGUUUCAACUAGCAGUAUUGAUCCUCUCAAGAGGUAUAAACUACCAGCCGACCCUUGGCAUAUCAAGGUCCGGUGGGAGACGUCAACACUGCAUCAGGCCUCAGGAACUCCCACGGAGGGUAGCAAGACUCCAGAUAGCUUUCACGUCGUUGGCGAUGACGAGGGCAAGCGAGACUUUGUAGCUUUGCACGUGGACAUCCAAAUAUACGAGAUGGAACACGGCGUCUAUCUCGUGGACUUCAAGUGCUCUGGAUACGAAACAGCCGACAAGAGACUACUCGAAGAGAAGGAUGUCACAAGUCCUUUCCCUUUCCUAGAUAUGGCUGCUAGGUUGAUAAUGCAACUAGCCGAAGCAGACUGA